AUGGGGAGCUUCAAGCUCUCCUUGCUUUGUCUCGUCCCGUUCCUUCUCCUCGCGGCCGUUGCGGUCGCCGGCGGCGACACGCUCACCACAUUCAUCGUGCACGUGCAGCCCCCGGAGCCGGAGGAGAACCAGCAGACCGCUGGCGACCGGGAGGCAUGGUACAGGUCGUUCCUGCCCGAGGACGGGCGGCUCGUCCACGCGUACCACCACGUCGCGAGCGGCUUCGCGGCCCGGCUGACGCGGGAGGAGCUCGACGCGAUGUCCGCGAUGCCCGGGUUCGUGGCGGCGGUCCCGGAGGAGAUGUACGAGCUGCACACGACGCACACGCCUCUGUUCCUCGGCCUGGAUGCCCGGCGAGGAGGCAGGCCGGCGUCUCGCGGUCACGGCGGCUCCGAACGCGGCGCUGGGGUCAUUGUCUGCUUGCUCGACACCGGCAUCUCCCCGACGCACCCGUCCUUCGACGACGACGGCAUGCCGCCGCCGCCGGCGAAGUGGAAGGGCCGCUGCGACUUCGGUGUCCCCGUGUGCAACAACAAGCUCAUCGGAGCUCGCUCGUUCAUGUCCGUCCCCGCCGCCGGCGGCAACUCCUCGUCGCCGGUCGACGACGCCGGCCAUGGCACGCACACCGCCAGCACGGCCGCCGGAGCCGUCGUGCAGGGCGCUCAGGUCCUCGGCCAGGCCGCGGGGGUCGCCGCCGGGAUGGCGCCCCGCGCGCACGUCGCCAUGUACAAGGUCUGCAACGACACCAUCUGCCUCAGUUCCGACAUACUCGCCGGCGUCGACGCCGCCGUGGGCGACGGCUGCGACGUCAUCUCCAUGUCCAUCGGCGGAGUGUCCAAGCCGUUCUACCGUGACACCAUCGCCGUGGGCACGUUCGGCGCCGUCGAGAAAGGGGUCUUCGUCGCCCUGGCAGCCGGCAACCGUGGCCCGAACGCCAGCUCCGUCACGAACGAGGCGCCCUGGAUGCUCACCGUCGCCGCAAGCACCAUGGACCGCUCCAUCCGCUCCACGGUUCACCUGGGGAACGGCGUCUCCUUCCACGGUGAGUCGGUGUACCAGCCAGACGUCUCGGCUUCCGCCGCCUUCCAUCCGCUGGUCUACGCCGGCACUAGCGGGAGGCCGUACGCCGAGCUCUGCGGCAACGGCUCGCUGGACGGCGUGGACGUCCGGGGCAAGAUCGUGCUCUGCGAGUACGGAAGCGGACCAGACGGCAACAUCACGAGGAUCCUGAAAGGCGCGGUGGUUCGAAGCGCCGGCGGCGCCGGCAUGGUACUGAUGAACGGGUUUCUGCAAGGCUACAGCACGCUCGCCGACGCGCACGUGAUCCCGGCGUCGCACGUCGACUACGCCGCCGCCUCAGCUAUCAUGUCCUACGUCCAGUCCGCGGCGAGCCCCACGGCGAAGAUCCUCUUCGGGGGCACGAUCCUCGGCACGUCGCCUGCUCCGUCCAUGGCCUUCUUCUCCGCUCGCGGGCCGAGCCUCCAGAACCCCGGGAUUCUGAAGCCCGACGUCACGGGGCCCGGCGUGAACGUGCUCGCCGCAUGGCCAUCCCAGCUCCAGGUCGGUCCGCCGCCGACGGCAUCUGCUGCGGCUCCCCUCGGACCGCGGGGACCGACCUUCAACAUCAUCUCCGGCACGUCCAUGUCGACGCCGCAUCUCAGCGGCAUCGCAGCCUUCAUCAAGAGCAAGCACACUGAUUGGUCGCCGGCAGAGAUCAGGUCGGCGAUAAUGACCACCGCCGACGUCACGGAUCGUGCGGGCAACGCCAUCCUCAACGAGCAGCGCGUGGCGUCGGACUUGUUCGCCACCGGUGCCGGCCACGUCAACCCGGAGAAGGCGGCCGACCCUGGCCUGGUGUACGACAUCGCGCCCAGCGACUACGUCGGCUUCCUCUGCGGCCUGUACAGUAGCCAGAACGUCUCCGUGGUCGCGCGGCGGCCGGUCGACUGCUCGGCCGUCACGGUGAUCCCGGAGAGCAUGCUGAAUUACCCGUCGGUGUCGGUCGUCGUCCAGCCGACGUGGAAUUGGAGCACGCCUGUGGUAGUUGAGCGUACGGUGAAGAACGUCGGAGAGGAGGUGUCGUCGGUUUACUACGCGGCGGUUGACAUGUUUGACGACGAUGUAGCUGUGGGCGUGUUUCCAAGCGAGCUGGUGUUCAGCGACGUAAACCAGGAGCAGAGCUUCAAAGUGAUGGUGUGGCGGAAGCGCAGUAAUAAUAAGGGGGCCAAGGUGGUGCAAGGCGCGUUCCGUUGGGUGUCUGACACGUACACAGUCAGGAGCCCUAUCUCCAUAUCCUUCACCUGA